AUGUUGAUCUUAAAAGUGCUGUCGUUCUUUAUGCUCAUCUGCGGUUAUGUUUUGCAACAGACUCAUUCUCACAUAAGACACUCAGCCGAACUGAAAUCAUCUCAUACAACUUCAACUAAGGUCCUGAUCAUCGGUGCUGGUAUAUCGGGUUUAGAGGCAGCUCGUUUGCUAGAACAGAAAGGAAUUGAGACAAUUGUUCUCGAAGCACAGAAUCGAACAGGUGGUCGAGUUUAUUCAAGGCGGUCAAAACACGGCUCUAUGCUUGAUAUGGGUGCGCGUUACAUUCAUGGCACUCGCGGUUCUAUCCCAUCUGGUUUCUUAACGAAUCCAUUGUGGGAUUAUACUCAACAAGUAAACAUUCCUCUGUGUACCACAGGAGAUCACAAUUUUCUUGGACUCUAUCCACCCAGUGAUAAAUUUACUCUCGCUGAUGUUCAGCGCUGGUAUGAUGAGUACUUGACGUUCGUACGUGAAGAAACCAGAUUCGCAUCGUCACCAAAUAAUUCUUUUGCCUAUAACCUUGAUUUAUUUUCUCAACAGAAAAACUUCACUUCAGAUCAACGAGAUGUGCUUUAUGACUUGACAUUUUUUAUAAUUGCCGAUCGAGAAGGUGCAGAACUGGAAGCUAUCGAUGCGAAAAGUUAUUUGGAUAUAACAUCGAUAAAUUAUGGUGAAGAGCCUGUCAUUUGCGACACAGGUUUUAUGACCAUUACCAAUCACUUAACAAAAGGUUGCAAAGAUAUCCGCUUGAAACAAAUCGUGUCCAAAGUCAAUUACACGAAUACUCUCAUCGAUGUAUGGACAACCGACGGGCAAGUUUAUCGAGCAGAUUACGUAUUAGUAACCGUCUCAUUGGGAGUAUUGAAAUCGAAUGCAAUUGAAUUUUAUCCAUCUCUUCCUCAAUGGAAACUGAAUGCUAUCAAUAGGGUUGGAUUCGGAUAUUACGAGAAGAUUUAUUUAUUAUGGGAACAGCCCUGGUGGAAUUUUACGAAUUUUUAUUUCUUUCGACCCGCAUCGAUCAAUUCGACAGGAUUACGAUUUUGGGUCAGCGCCAACAAAUGGAACGGUAUACCAAGUGUGAUGUGUACCUUUUCUGGCAAGGUAAUAUCUCUGUUCAAAUGGAAAGAAAACGAAAAUACGAUCGUACAAGAAAUCCAAGAUUCGAUUCAAAAAAUGUUUCCUCAAAUAGCUAUCCCUACGCCAACGGAAAUUUACAUGAGCAACUGGAAUGAAGAUGUAUAUUUUCGUGGAUCGUACUCAUUCAUUUCCAUCGAUCAGAAACCAGACGAUCCAUUUCGCUUAUCAGAACCAGUUGAAAAUCGUUUGUUAUUCGCCGGAGAAGCAACAAGUUCAGAUAAUUACGGUUAUUCACAUGGUGCUUUACUUACUGCGCGACGAGAAGUGACUCGUCUGCUUUAUGUUUACAAUCUAUUGCCAAAACAAAACAUAAUAGCUACGUCUGAAUCUACGAAGACUACCUCGACUAACACAUUUCUCUUAGUUACUUUUCUGUCUUUUCAAUUGUUGAUAGUCGAAUUAGAAUAA